AAAAAAAAAAAAAAAAAAUCCCCUGAAGGCAAUAUUUGCUUUUUCUACCAUAUACCUCAAAUCCUUCCAUCCUCUAGCCAUUACCCAGUUCCAAAGCCCCUUCUGCAUUUUUAGGCGUUUGUUAUACAGUAUCUUCUUGAUACCAGUUUUUGUCUUAGUUCAGGGCUGCUAUGACCAAACUAUCAUAGACCAGGUGGCUUAAAUAACAAACAUAUUUAGUUCUCACAGUUCUAGAGUCUAGGACGUCCAAGAUCAAGAAGGCACCAGCAGAUCUGGAAUGGUGCGGAAUUAGAGUAGGAUGUUGUGAUGAAGAGGUUGGCUGCAGGAGAGCCCUCCUGGCAGGUGACACUUGGCCUAAGACCCAAAUGGCCAGAGGAAACCAUGUGAAAACUUAGAGAAAAAGCCUUCCAGGCAGAGGGAAGAGGCCUGGGGUGAGCGAUAAGGUGGGGUAGCAGAGAGAAUAGAAUGUUCUAGAAAGAGAAGGUAGCCGGUACUGGAGCCCAGAGGAAGAAGGAAGAGUGGAGUGAGACGAGCUCUGGAAGCAGGUGUAGGGGUAAGUGCCUGUCUGGGUUUGUGAUCGAGGGUGAGAAGUUCAGGUUUUACGUCCAGUGAGACGGGAUGGUCCGGGUGGCGUGCUGGAUUUAUGGUUUGCUGUGUGGUGUGUUAUUUGCUUUGUAUUUUUAUAAAGGUCCCUCCGGCAGCUGCUAGAAAGAGAAGGGGCCCUGGGCUGUGGAGGGAUGUUGGGGUCUGAGAUGAUGGUGACUUAGAGUGGCGCGGCGGGGUCAAGGUCAGGACUGGACGGCACUGGGCACAUCCUGUUGGACUUGCCGGUGAUGGCGGUGGCUUGGCCGUGGGGGCCGCCCGUGGGGGCGCAGCAGGAAGGAAGGGUGCUCCUGCCCGCUGGGCCUGGGCGCCGUCACUGCUGUCUCUACCUUUGCAUAUUGCUGCCAGCCCCGCGGUAUUGUUUUAAUUUCCUCCCUCCUCUGUCUGCCGCGUCCUUCCUGGCAGCGUGUUGCUGUAGACAGAGCCGCAGCUUUAUUGGAUAAGUCUGUUUCGAGCGGGGAAAGAAGGAUUUGCUCUUUUUCAGUGUGGCUCUGGGCCUGUUUUCCUUGCAACCUCCUCCCCCCGGGUCUGUUUCCGCUGCUGGAAAUGAUGCUCGGAUUAAGAACAGAUCUCUUAAACCUAGAGUUGACUUCCCUGGCAUUUUUUUGUUUUUUUUCCUGUCCCCCCUGCCAUGAGGAGAUGCUAAAGAUGCCAGAGAGGUGGGGGGUAAAGUGAUUAUUUAAUUGUGUGGAAAUGCGCAGGGGUGACUAAGACAGAUCAAGGGCAGGACCCGGAAUCCUGGGAGAGCGACACCUGACUGGCUCCCAUUUCCUGACUCAAGGCUCUAAAUGAAUUUCUACUUGACUAAAAAUACCUCAAGAGCUGGGUGGCAGCUUAAGCUGUCAGUAAAUUUAAAACAGGUUUGCGUGCCGCUGAUUAUAGCAGAGGACAAGAAGUUGAUGGAGAAUUUUCUGCAACACGUUUUGUUUAACUCCUGGUUCUCUUGCCCUGCCUUGAGUCCUUCUGAUUCUUGGGUGGAUCAGGAUGGGGGUUGUAUAUUUGCUUUCUUUUCCUUUUACCUUAUCAAUUGCAAGGGUCUAUGUUGAAUGCAUUUUAAGCUUAGGACCUGUCUUGCUUUCCAGAGAUGAUGUGAGAAUGUCCGGGGGCUGAACAGAGAGCGAGUUCAGUGUGGGUUAGCCGCGCCUUGCGCCUCCCUGGCUAAACACAGACCCACUCCCAGGCUACGUAUCUAUUUGCAAAACAGGGUCAGAAUGUCUCUACCCCGUUCUUGACCUCUGGGCUCUAAUAUUUAUCCUGCUAUGGCAGCAGUCCCUAACCUUUUUGGCACCAGGGACCCAUUUCAUGGAAGUCAAUUUUUCCACAGACGGUGGGGGGACGUGAUGGUUUUGGGGUAGUUCAAGGGCAUUGCAUUUAUUGUUCAAUAAAACCUCUCUGCUAAUGAUAAUCUGUAUUCGCAGCCGCUCCCCAGCACUAGCAUCACCGCCCCAGCUCCACCUCAGAUCACCAGGCAUUGGAUUCUCACAAGGAGCUGCAACCUGGAUCCCUUGUUUUCGCAGUUGACAGCAUGGUUCGCGCUCCUAUGAGGAUCUAAUGCCGCCGCUGACCUGACAGGAGGCGGAGCUCAGGCGGUGAUGCCAGCAACGGGGAGCGCCGUAAAUACAGAUGAAGCUUCCUGUGCUUGCCUGCUGCUCACCUCCUGCCCUGCGGCCUGGCUCCUGACAGGCUGUAGAUUGCUACUGGUCUCAGUCCAGGGCCUGGGUGUUGGGCAGGCUGCAGUUCUAUACUAUCCUGAAAGUAAACAAUAGUUAACUAAACAUAAAAGCAGCUAGUAUUUGUUGAAUGUGUGCUAAAUGCUUUUUGUGUAUCAUUUCAUUGAAUGCACACAACCACCACCUCUUGAGUAUUAAUAAUACUGCAUUUCACCUGAGCUCAGUUUAAAGUUUAAAUUCCCUCCCCCGCUCUCAUGUUCCAGAAUAUGGCUUACUGCAAAGAACCACUGUUCCCCCUCAUUCCCUUAGGAUAAGGCCAGAACCAGACGCUCCAAAUUCCUAUUUUUUGCCUCAUAAACAGUUGAGCUGCUCAGCCGCACUGAUCAAUCAGAACAAGUUGCUUGCUAACCAGACUCUGGUUAGGAGUCUCUGCCUUCUCCUGCCCUUGUCCCCUCAGCCUGAGCCAGCACACAGCCCCUCCUGAGAAUACAUGGGCUUGGUGUCAGGGAAGAACAUUCUCUGAUCCACGUCCGGUCAUCCCAGCCUUUUCAUUCCCACACCUGGUCUUUCUUGGUGAGUUUUCUCUUUUCCAUGAAAGAAAACUCCUUUUUCGCGUAACCGUCGAGAUGUUUGCAGAACCUUUGGGAUCUUACAGUCACGGCAUCUCCUUAUUGUGGUAGUUUCUUUCUCUCCUUUGCAGUCAUCCUUUCAGCUGAAGUCUCUCCUUGCUAAGAAUGGAUGAGUUUUUCCGUAAUGGUGCAAGCGAAGUCCGAUGGUCUCCCCUUUGUAGAGGAGGAAGUCAGGGGCCAGUAGGAGGCAGAUGGGGAGUUCUGAUCUCUCAAAACCCAGAGUCUCUGCCGUUAACUAGUUCCCGAGGCUUCAUUCAUGACUUUUGGACUUUAUUUGAACUCCAUCGGGUCCUCAGUGUGCUUAUCACCUCAUUGGAGAUAAAAUAGCCACUAACUUAUGAUGGUUCGCCUCAUGAUUUUUUGACUUUACAAUGGUGCAAAAACGAUUCACCUGUGGCAGAAACCGUACUUCGAAUUUUGAUCAUCUCCUGGGUAGCAGUAUGUUUGGAUGUUGAGUUUUGAGUCUGUACAUCCCAUUGCGUCUGCAAAACACGCAUCUGUGUAUAGUAUUCAACACUUUAUUAUAAAAUAGGCUUUGUGUUAGAUGAUUUUGCCCAACCGUAGGCUAAGGUAAGUGUUCUGAGUACGUUUAAGGGAGCCUGGGCUAAGCUGUGAUGUUUGGUAGGUUAAAUGCAUUCUUGACUUAUGACAUUUUCAACUUACAGUGGGUUUAUUGCCUGUAAUCCCAUCAUAAGUUGGGGAGCAUCAGUAUAAGAUACUCAGUAGUCAUGGUUUGUAUAGCAUCUUUGUUUUAGAGCUCUAGAAAAAGAGAAACUCGUGCAAGGUCACCAUUUUGUACACACCCAUGUGUACAAAUAAAAUCCUCAGAAGUAGAAAAAUAAUGAGGACUGCAACAAAAAUGGACAGACAGAUGUUGAGCUUCCUGCUCGGAUGUUAGGAAGAGCACUUGGACCAGGCAGGUCUGGAGCUGCUCCCUGGAGCAUGGGUUCCAUGUGGGGACUGCAGGACCCUCCCGUAGGGGACUAUGGGGUGCAGAUGAGUGGGGACGAGACAGAGCAGUCAGUGGCGGCUCCAGUGGCCCUGCCUGCCAGGCUGCCAACUGCACCUUCUUCUCCGGGCAGUGGGGAGCCACUGCAGGUCUUUGGGCAGGAGAAUGUCAUGAUGACAAUGAUAAUAAUAAUGACCAUGCUGAUAAUAGCCUGCGCCUCGGUGUUUUUAUAGCUCCUCUCCCAAGGUGCCCUUCUCCAGAAAGCCGGGAGUGCUGCACAGAUGUUACCUAAUUAAUCACUGCUGCUUCCCUGCCAAGGGAGGUGGGGGUAGCUAAUAUCCCCAUUUUUCAAGGGAGGAAGAUGAGGCAGUGGGAAGUGCUCAGGUAGCCUAGAAAGGCAGCGUGCGUGGACGCUAGGAGAGCCUACCUUUUGGGCACAGAGUUGCCCAGGACAGAUUGGUUUGUGCUCAGGGACGUUCUCAUGACAGUGUCUCUGCACAUUAAAGAUGGAGAAGAGGAAUCUAGACCUUGAGUGUUGAGAGACACCUGAGUAUGGGCUAAUGCCUGGGGGUGUCAGUUGGGGUCACACCUGGCUGUGGCACACCCUGAACCUUUGGUAUCCUCUUCUUCUGUUCGUUUAUCAUUCUUCCUGUGUCUUUUGACCUUCGUGGCUGACCUUUGUCCUCCUUGAGGAACAGAUCUUUUAUAAUCUAACCUCAGUGCCUGGUUUCUGUACUUUGGCUUGAAUAUCCUGCAUACACUUGCUGUGGGCGAGUCAUUUCCCCUCUCUUAGCCUCAGUUUCUUCUUCUGUAAAAUGAUAACCAUGACUCUUGCUUCAUUGGAUCCCUGUGAAGAUCAGAGGAAGUGAUGCAUGAUGUCAUGUGCUCAACAGUGCCUGGCACACUGCAAGUGCUUGCUGCAUUUAAUAAACUGUCAGUGCUCUUAGGCAGCGGUCGCCAACCUUUUUGGCACCAGGGACCAGUUUCAUGGAGGACAGUGUUUCCACUGAGUGGGGUUGGGGUGGGGCGGGAGGCGGAACUUAGGUGGUCAUGUGAGUAAUGGGGAGCAGCUGUAAAUGCAGAUGAAGCUUCCCUCGCUUGCCUGCAACUCCCCUCCUGCUGUUUGGCCUGGUUCCUACGUUUCAUGGAAGACAAUUUUUCCAUGGGUGAUGUGGGGUGUGGAGCUCAUGGCCCGGUUCCUAACAGGCCGCAGACUGGUACUGGGCCACGGCCCAGGGGUUGGGGACCGUAGUUCUUAAGGGUUUAAAAAUAUGUACACUAGAUUACUCCUCUGAACUGGUCCAUCGAUACGGGUGGACCUUCUUUAAUGCAGUUGACAUGCAACCAAAUUAUUGAGUAGGAAUCAGUUUCCUUGAAGUGGCAUAAUUUCUCCUGUUGAUACUGGUUAUAAUUUUAAAGAAAACAUACACAUGCAUUCAUUUCUGCCUGGGCCUAAUCAUGCUUUUGUUCCCAAGUUCCUGGGCUCCUCCACCUCUCCAUCAAGUAUUUAGUAAUCCAUAAACAAGGCUUAAGCUGCUAUUUAAAGCAACUCUGCUGUUAAUCCUUUUGUAAAAGCAAAUCCUUUAUGAACGUGAAUACCCUCCCCACCCCCUUUUGCUUCUAUUGUGGAACUUCAAGUUUUCCAAUUUUCAUUUCUUUUAAGGUAGCGUCACCCAUGGAUUGAAGAGUCAGAGAUUCAGAACUAGAAGGUGGAUGGAGUCUUAGAGUGCCUGGCCCAGCAGCUUCAUUUAAAAGAUGGGAGAUUCGGGCUUUUCAAAUCUGGGCAGUGGCAAAGUGCAGGCUUAUCCUAUGUCUCCAAAAGUGUUUUUAAGCGGUUACAUAAGUGACAUUUUUUCCCUUUUAAUUGUCAUGUGUUUAUAUUGCAAGUGAUGCUGGUUUUUCCCUUAAAUAAUACUAACACAAGAGCAGCAAUCAUGCUGUGCUUACUCUGUGCCAGGCACUAUUUGAAGCACUUGCCAUGAAUUAACUUGACAUGUUUUAACUCAUGUACUCUUGAACAGCCUCUCUACAGGGCUAGGUACUAUUGUCAGUCCUAUUUUACAGAUGAGGAAACUGAGGCACAACGUACUUAACUCACUUGUUCACGGUCGCAAUGCUCUUAAGUGGUGGUCAACUCCGAAGUUCACCAAUUGCACGUGUCUCUCUGUUGCCUAAACAUACUGCCAUGCAGUUUUAUUUUUAAAAUAGAUAUAUUUCCAUAAAAAGUGAGAGUUGAUUGUAGAAAUUACUAGUUACUGUAUGGGUGGUACAGAAAUAUGGCAAAAAUCCUGAAACUAGCGUAUCGGCAUAGGAAGUUUGGAAACGGUACAGAAAACCCUAUACUGUGUCAAAGAUGCAUUUGCAAAUUUUCUGUAAGGGCCUGUUUGGUGCCAAGUGCUGUGUGUGGUUCCAGAAACAGACAGCUAGUUGGAAGCAGACCAAAUCAGACAAGGUUGCUGCCUUCGCAGAGCAUGCCAUCUAGGUGAAGAGAGGCAAUGCAGUGCACAAAAGAACAAAUAAUAAGACAUUGCAGCUUGGGAGAAGCGCUCACCUGGGAUGCUGACGGUAGAGUAUGCAUGCGUGUGUAUGUGCGUGCACAUGUGUCUAUGUGUGUUACAGGGGCAGGCAGGGCAGACAGUGAGGGUCUGCUUUUACUAGGUUUUACUAGGUUAACCUACCUGUCAUCUCUGUGAAGAGGUGACACUUGAGAGGAGACAUGAAGGUGAGUUUACAUGAACAAGUUUGUUUCUUCCUGUGGCCAUAGAGAUAUUCACUCUUUGAACCUGCGUGAAUGCAGAGAACCUUCAGGCCCAGGGCUCUGAGCAGCUGCUGCACCCCUCGAGGACUCGGCAGCCACCUGAACCCAGGGAUUCUUCCAGGCCUGAUGCUAGGACGAGGACACACCACCUGAUACCCUUCUGCCAGGUGCAGAUUGAUAUGCUCUGCUCUGAGUGAUUUAUUUUUAGCUUUCUCCGUGAGAGAGGCAGCGACGACAUGGUUAGUUUAUUAUUAAACAGGACCAUUUAUUCAUCCAUGUCUUUACAUACCGGUGAUGUGAAAGAGAAGCCGGAUGGGUUUGGAAUAUGGAUUUUUUACACACACUCAGAGCUACUGCCUGCCUUAAGCUAACCACUCUGCUGAACAAAACAGCCCAUUUCUGGCCAAAUCCCUUCCCUAGGGCAGGGAGUUGUGAAGUUAGAUGCCUUCUGGGCAGAGCAGGCUUGGAGUGUGUCGGCCUCGUGGGGCCUGGGGUUGCCCACACCUUAUGUAAAGCAGACGUCAGCUCUAGCCAGUUCAAAAUAUGGAGCCAGUGUGGCCUGGUCUGAUUUUACAAGGAAGGUCAUGCAUCCAGAAUUUGAACACUUGGUCUUCCUGAGUUUCAGACAUUUGUAAGUCAUUGAAAAAUUUAAAAACACUUUGCAGGUCAAAACAAAAUAUAUCUGAGUGCCAGAUUUAACUAGUGGGUGACCAGUCAGUGACUUCUUGUCUGAGAGCCCCUGAAAAUGAGGUCUGGCCAGCUGAGAGACUAGAGUGGGCCUGGGCCCAAGGUCUUUCAGAACUUGGUGGGAAAUAAGGGGGAAGAAAUUAACAAAACCACCUAUUUACUUGAGAUUGGUCCUAUAGUGCCACUUUUGUUAUCUGUAGCUUGGCACUUGUCCUCAAGGCCGCAUCAGAGCAAGAACAAGUGGUUUGAGGAGAAGGAAAGAGAAAUCUGUUACUUUGUUCGCAAAGGAGGAAAAAUGGCAAAAUCCAAAAAUUUCCUGCACGUAAGCAGAAAUACAGAUCUUUUAAAGGGAGGGCCCUUCCUUCUAGGCUACUAUGUAAAUGAUUCUCAUCAUCCCAUCUCUGCUGAAGACAAAGCCUGUGACCUCCGCCCCCCUGGGCCCACAUGGGGGGCUGGCUCCAGCCUGGGAUGGCUGAGAUGUCUCCUGUAACACAGAGAAGAAAAGACCAUCUCCCUGCCUUAGGGAUGCAGUCCAGGCAGCAGUUCCUAAAAAUAGUGGGCGAAGUUUGAAAUGGAUAGUAAAUAUGUUUUUGCUUUUUUUUCUUCCCCUCGGGCCAUUCUCUCUGUUACAUAUUCCCCAUGGUCAGUAUUUCCCUUCCAUACCUACAGGAGGAGGAGUGACUGCUCUGUCCCACUGUCUUCACACGGAUGUGCCUUCAUUCUGGUGUGUGGGGCCCAGAACUGGAACCGCUUUGUGUGAGCCGAGGUUCCAUGCCAAGCACGUUGCAUACGUCAGUAGCCCAGGAUCCACACCCCCCGAGCCCGCUGAUCACGCUGGAGGCCCAGCACGGCUACUUCUCUCACCGGCCUAAAGAGAAAGUACGCACAGACAGCAACAACGAGAACUCGGUCCCCAAAGAUUUUGAGAACGUGGACAACAGCAACUUCGCACCCAGGACUCAGAAGCAGAAGCACCAGCCCGAGUUGGCCAAGAAGCCCCCCAGUAGACAGAAGGAGCUUCUGAAAAGGAAGCUGGAACAGCAGGAGAAAGGGAAGGGCCCCAGCGAGGCUCUGCCUCCCGGCGAGAGAGCUGCGGCCAACAGCAGCCGUGGGAAGGACGCCCCCAGACAGCCCCACGCCAGGAAGGGUGGGGGCAGCUCCCCGGAGACCAGGUACGACCAGCCGCCCAAGUGUGACAUCUCCGGCAAGGAGGCCGUCUCUGCGCUGUCCCGCGCAAAGUCCAAGCACUGCCGCCAGGAGAUCGGGGAGACCUACUGCCGCCACAAGCUUGGCCUGCUGAUGCCUGAGAAGGUGACCCGCUUCUGCCCCCUGGACGGCAAAGCCAACAAGAACGUCCAGUGGGACGAGGACUCCGUGGAAUACAUGCCGGCCAACCCGGUCAGAAUCGCCUUCGUCCUGGUGGUCCACGGCCGUGCCUCUCGGCAGCUGCAGCGCAUGUUCAAGGCCAUCUACCACAAGGACCACUUCUACUACAUCCACGUGGACAAGCGCUCUAAUUACCUGCAUCGGCAAGUGCUCCAGUUCGCCAGGCAGUACGGCAACGUCCGCGUCACCCCCUGGAGGAUGGCCACCAUCUGGGGGGGAGCCAGCCUCCUGUCCACCUACCUGCAGAGCAUGCGGGACCUCCUGGAGAUGACCGACUGGCCCUGGGACUUCUUCAUCAACCUCAGUGCAGCCGACUACCCCAUCAGGACGAAUGACCAGCUGGUGGCAUUUCUCUCCCGAUACCGAGAUAUGAAUUUCUUGAAGUCACACGGCCGGGACAAUGCAAGGUUCAUCCGGAAACAAGGCCUCGAUCGGCUCUUCCUGGAGUGCGACGCUCACAUGUGGCGCUUGGGGGACCGGCGGAUCCCGGAGGGCAUUGCCGUGGAUGGGGGCUCCGAUUGGUUCCUGCUGAACCGGAAGUUUGUGGAGUAUGUGACGUUCUCCACAGACGACCUGGUGGCCAAGAUGAAACAGUUCUACACCUACACCCUGCUUCCUGCCGAGUCCUUCUUCCACACGGUCCUGGAGAACAGCCCGCACUGCGACACCAUGGUGGACAACAACCUGCGCAUCACCAACUGGAACCGCAAGCUGGGCUGCAAGUGCCAGUACAAGCACAUCGUGGACUGGUGCGGCUGCUCCCCCAACGACUUCAAGCCGCAGGACUUCCACCGCUUCCAGCAGACAGCCCGGCCCACCUUCUUUGCCCGCAAGUUCGAAGCCGUGGUGAAUCAGGAAAUCAUCGGGCAGCUGGACUAUUACCUGUACGGGAACUACCCCGCGGGCACCCCGGGCCUGCGCUCCUACUGGGAGAACGUCUACGAUGAGCCCGACGGCGUCCACAGCCUGAGCGACGUGGCGCUCACCUUGUACCACUCCUUCGCCCGCCUGGGCCUCCGACGGGCAGAGACCUCGCUGCACACGGACGGGGAGAACAGCUGCCGGUACUACCCAAUGGGCCACCCAGCGUCCGUGCACCUCUACUUCCUUGCUGACCGCUUCCAGGGCUUUCUGAUCAAGCAUCAUGCCACCAAUCUGGCUGUGAGCAAGCUAGAGACCCUGGAGACAUGGGUGAUGCCGAAGAAAGUCUUCAAGAUUGCAAGCCCACCCAGCGACUUUGGGAGGCUUCAGUUUUCUGAAGUCGGCACCGACUGGGAUGCCAAGGAGCGGCUGUUUCGCAACUUUGGGGGCCUCCUGGGGCCCAUGGACGAGCCGGUGGGUAUGCAGAAAUGGGGGAAGGGGCCCAACGUGACCGUGACCGUCAUUUGGGUGGACCCCGUCAACGUCAUCGCUGCCACCUACGACAUCCUGAUUGAGUCCACUGCCGAAUUCACCCACUACAAGCCCCCUUUGAACUUGCCCCUGAGGCCUGGGGUCUGGACAGUGAAAAUUCUCCACCACUGGGUGCCGGUUGCAGAGACCAAAUUCCUCGUCGCGCCUCUGACCUUCUCCAACAGGCAGCCCAUCAAGCCAGGUGAGUGCUCCGGUGUCUCUGCGGGGGCAGGUGUUCCAUCCAUCCCCAGGUCCUUGGCCUGGGCAGACCAUGCUGCUCAGAUGUGGGGCGUGUGACCGCCUUGCAGGACAGCGUUGCUUGCUCUCGGUAUUUUUUUUUUCCUGCUCGUUUGCCCUAGAGACCCAGCUAAUUUCCUACCUGCACACUGAGGUGAUGUCGUCUGUGUAUGUAUUAGAUACUUAUGUGUUGGACUCCCGUUGGACAUGCAGAAGGCCUCGAUCAUAUUUAGGACAAGAUGGGAAUUAAACCCAGGCAGAUAGUGAGUUUCAGCAAAUCUAGUUUACUAUUUCAAAAGUAACUAAAAUGAGAAAUGCUGUUCAUCAAAGCUAUGAUGCACUAGGUAGAAAGAUGGACCACAUACCAGCGGGAGAUAUUUGCUAUCCAUUUAAAAAAAAAUAAUACUCAUAUUCAGAACAUAUAAAGAAAUCCCAUGAAUCAGAGGUUGGCGAGCGGCGGGCCGCAGGGCAAAUCCGCACACUGUCUGUUUUUGUAAGUACAGUUUUAUUGGAACACAGUCACAUUCAUUACAUGUUGCCUGUUUCUGCUUUGGGAAUAAAAUGGCAGAGUUGAAUGGAUGUGACAGUGAUGGCAUGGCCCACAAAGCCAAAAAUAUUUAUUAUCUAGUCCUUUACGAAAAAAGAUGCCAAUCCUUGCUAUAAAAGAGAGGAAACCAAAAAAAAAAAAAAAAAAA